UUGACUUGAUUAUUAAUUAAAAAUAAGAUAUUAUUAAAAAAAUCAUGACUUGUAGUAUAAAUCUUCCAACUGGGAUACUAACCCAUACUCAAAUGGUAAAAAGUUUAUAUAAACGUGUUUUACGAAAUUUGGAAAGUUGGUAUGAUAGACGUGAAGUGUAUCGUUAUCAAGCGGUUUUAAUGCGCGCCAGAUUUGAAAGAAAUAAGAGCUGCGAAAGUAUUCGUACGGCCCAGUGUCUUUUACAACAAGGAGAAGAAGAGCUAUUUCAAAAGCAACAUUGGUACAUUAAAAAAUUUUGCAACAGUGUUGGCGGAACUGCGUUUCAAAGAGAGGUACAAACACCAGAUUGGGCUAUUGAUCAUUGGCAUCCUCUUGAAAAGAUGCAAUAUCCGGAGUAUUUUAAAAGGCGAGAGGAAAUGAAAAGGGAUGUAUUGAGAAAAUGGGAGAGAGCAAAUAGGGCGAAAAGGAGUUUUGAAUGUUAACAUUUUAAUUAUUAGAUGAUUUAGGUUUACAAAGACCACAUCUAUUUAUAUGUGGUCUUAUGUGUUGUAUGGACAAUAUGUAUUAUUUUUGAAUUGUUUCUAAAUUGUCAUAGAAAUAUUUUAUUUUCGA